AUGCUGUCUGGAACCACGUCCUCGAUUAUUUUCUUCUUUUGUUUUUCGUUCUUAUUUCAGAGCAGAGUAUCACUGGGAAACAACAAUUGUACUCCUCAUCCUAUCUCUGUCAAAUUGGGCAAUGUGUCUCUCGACAAUACGACAGCACGGGGAGUAUCUCUCUCGAUAGGGGUUCCAUCGCAGCCUUUCGCUUUUCUCCCGCAGUGGCCGCUGAACGAUACGUUCGUCUACGGAUUGGAUGGUUACUGUGGAGAUGGCUGGUCUGAAGCUGCUUGUCAAACUUUCCGCGGCGGCAUAUAUGAUCCGUCCAAGUCAUCUACUUAUCAAGAUGCAACCAAUGCACCGCAUUUGACCGAAGCCUCGCCGUAUCCAUCUUUCGACUGGGCUGCAGAUAAUUUUACCCUCAAUCCGAAUAUUACACUUUCGAAUUUUUCCAUUGGAAUUGCCCGAGCUGAUUGGGGAGAGCAAGGGUACCAUCCGCAGGUGGCUUUCGGCAUGGGCCAGAACUCGACAUUGCUCAAUACUUUAUAUGAGUUUGGCCAUAUAGCAUCCCGUUCCUGGGGUAUGUACUGGGGCCAAACAGGGGCGACCUCAAGUAAACAGAAGGACGGAAAUUUUGUAUUUGGGGGAUUUGACCAAGCAAAAACUUCAGGUCCUAAUUACACCGCGACUCUAGACUUUUCCAGGUCCUCUUGUUCAACUGGAAUGCUUGUUGUAAUUACAGACAUGGUGCUGAAUUUUGCAAAUGGCACAGAUGCGAGCUUAUUUGGCGGAGCAGAAUCCUCGGCGAUGUCGGCUUGUAUUGUGCCAGACUAUCCAGUUCUGCUCACGCUGCCUUUGGAUCCAUAUUUCUCGGCAUUUCAAGACCUUACUGGAACACUCAUUACAGACCGAUCAUUUGGAAUUUAUUAUUAUGGGAUGCUCUACUCGAACACAUCAAUCGCGUAUACCGGCGAUUUGACCAUUAAGUUCAGCUCUGGACUUUCUGUGCGCAUACCAAAUGAUCAGCUGGUCGUUCCUAAUCUGACUAUUGACAAAUCCACUGGAAGCAUUCUUGCCAAUGACUCAGCACCAGAGCUGGUUCUCAAUUCCAUCCAAUCAAUCAACGCCGACGAUCUUCCACAAUUGGGCCGACAAUUUCUGACGAGCGCGUACCUCAUGCUUAACCAAGAUGCAAAUACUUAUACUUUGUGGGAGGCUAAUCCGGUUACCAACGAGGACCUAGUCGCUGUCGACCAAGGCGGCACUCCGGUCAGUAUAUUUUGUACUGCGACUUCCACGAGCACUACAUCGCAAUUGCCGCAGACGGCAACCACCAAUGCAGCACCUUACAACAAAAAUAGCGGUGACAAGGAGGACUUGUCCAGCGGGGCAAUUGCGGGCGUUGUUGUUGGAUGCGUAGCGGGUAUGACCUUAGUAGUAACAAUGGUGUUCUGCAUAAUUGCAAAACGCCGGAGAGAAAGAACCAAAGCCAACGAUAACGGCAUUGCCUUGAAAUCCCCUGAAGUUGUUUAUAGACAAGGAGGGUCUCCCCUUGAGCUUCAUCCAGACUCUUUUGAUCCGACAGCUCCACAUGAACUCUAUGGCAAGCAACAGCCGCAAUCUACGCCAGCUUAUGAAUUGCCAUAG